UCCUGGUUAUGACCAGCCGCCAAGUAUUUACAAGGACAAUGAAUGUGUGAUAUCUAUCGGAUUACUGAAAUUCGUUUGACCAACUUUUACUUAAAUCUAAUACUUUCGAAAUCUGGGAAUCGUUCUGACAAUAAAAAGUGAGCACGACGGUGUCCCCAGGAUCCGGUGCCGUGUCAGAGAGAGAAGGCUACUCUUCCCCGUCGCCGAGUUCGGGCUGCGGCUACUCUUCCCCGUCGCUGAGUUCGGGCUGCGGCUACUCUUCCCCGUCGCCGAGUUCGGGCUGCGGCUAAGCUAUGUCAGCUGUCGCGUUCCUUAAACUGGCCAGGUCUGGUGGGCCCCACGUGCGACGACGGGCGCUGUUGACCACCGGGGGACCGAAAGCGCACCGCCGCCUCUUCCACUGCCUCUUCUCGCCCCGGCGGAGCAACUCCCGCUUCGACCCGGACGGGAGCGGAAAGCCCACCACCUGGGACAGCUUCGGGAUCUGGGACAACCGCAUCGACGAGCCCAUCCUGCUCCCGCCCAGCAUCAAGUACGGCAUGCCCAUCCCCAAAGUCAGCCUGUCCAACGUGGGCUGCGCCUCUCUGAUUGGCCAGCGCAAGGAGAACGAGGACCGCCUGCAGGUCUCCCAGAUGACCGCCAACAUCCUGUACUUCGCCGUGUUCGAUGGGCACGGGGGGCCACAGGCCGCGGACUUCUGUGACAAAUACAUGGAGAAGUACAUCAAAGAUCUGGUAGCAGAGCAAGAAGAUUUGGAGCUGGUUUUAGCAGAAGCAUUCCUGGAAAUAGACAAAGCCCUGGCGAGGCAUUUCCACUUUUCUGGCAAUGCCUCGCUCCAGAGCUCCGGCACCACCGCCACCGUGGCGCUGCUGAGGGACGGCAUCGAGCUGGUGGUGGGCAGCGUGGGGGACAGCCGCGCCCUGCUCUGCCGCAAGGGGAAGGCCUUCAAGCUGACCGUGGACCACACCCCGGAGAGGAAGGACGAGAAGCAGAGGAUAAAGAAGAGCGGUGGCUUUGUGACCUGGAACAGCGUCGGUCAGGCAAACGUCAACGGCAGGCUGGCCAUGACGCGGAGCAUCGGAGACUUCGACCUGAAGACCAGCGGGGUCAUAGCCGAACCAGAGACUAAGAGGAUUACCCUGCAUCACGCGCACGACGCCUUCCUGGCCCUGACCACCGACGGGAUCAACUUCAUCAUGAACAGCCAGGAGAUCUGUGAUGUCAUCAACCAGUGCCACGACCCUAAAGAGGCGGCCCAGCUGAUCUCUGAACAGGCCCUGCAGUAUGGCUCCGAGGACAACAGCACCAUCAUGGUGGUCCCGUUCGGCGCGUGGGGGAAGCAGAAGAGCUCCGAGGCCAGCUACUCCUUCAGCCGAAACUUGGUGUCCAGCGGACGCUGGGCCUGAGGGGCGCGCCGCAGAGCCGGACCCCACCCAUGUGCAAUAGCUGUGGCGCCCCCUUCAGGACACUGGAGGGAAGCACUACCAUAUGUUCUUCACCAGAUACCAGGAGCCAUACUUUAGGGGAGUAGAUGUAGAAAUGCCUUCAGGCGCCAGUGUACAGUCUGUACAUUAACCGCGGGAGGGAACAGUUCUGGCUAACAUAUACCGUUUUAUCACUAGGUGCUAUUUAGGAAAGUGGCCACAAUUCUUUGCGCGAAUCACUUUCCGGAGGUGAAAGUGAGUGUUUUGCGUGUUAUAAUGUGGUUGCUCUCUGGAGGCUGUCUGCCCUGCAAAUGUGUUGGUGAGGAACUUUAAUGCACUUUUCCCCCUGAUAAUGUUGAUCAGUGUGUGAUAUGCUUGGAUACGUAUUACACUGAGCUGUGAUACUUCAGUACCUCGAUAGCAGUGUGAGUGAGUGGCCUGUCUGAGAUGACUGGAUGCUGAAGCAGUUUUAAGGCUUUUUUUAGUUUUUACUGUGGGAAAGUUGUGAUAUGUUCAUGCUCUGAAGACUGUCCCACAAUGUUGCGCAGGUCAUGGAGUAAGGCGGUGAAAAUCGGAGUGUGGAUGUUCUGUGUAACACUUUCAUCUCAGAGGUGUUUGGAGAGGAUGGCUUUGUUCCUCUGAAUUCAGGUUUGUCCACCGUGACACGUAAAACCUGCAGGUUGAAUCCAGUUCGGGUUGGCUCAUGUCUGCUUUGGUGAACUCAGGAGGAGAAGCAUCAAGUUGUAAGAUGAGGUCACUUCUACAUGCAUUCCAAAACCUUGUGGGCAGGUAUGCAAGCAAACAAAUAACUUUAUAAAAGCACAUUAAUUACAUGCAAGGUCUGUGUAGACCGAAUGAUUGGAACUUAUUUUAAUGUGGUACCUCACCUGGAGAAUCAAGGACAAUUUGCUGAUGAGGUGAAAUCAUGUAAUGUAAUCUUCACUAAACCAACACUUCUUAAAGAAAAGCACCACAGACAUAUUCUGAUCUUUGUAGAUGUUGUUUAAUAUAAAUUGUACAUAUUACCGUUUAUAUAUUUGGUCUGUUUGGCAAAAUGCUGCUGUUAAAAUGUAUUUAUUGUAUAUACAGUAUAUAACUUGGAAAUAUGAGGUUUUGUGGAUAAUGCUUUGGUUCUCGACUGCAGAGGUAUUCUUAUAUCCUCGGUGUUGUGGAUUUAAUGUUGCUUAAUCAAAGAUUUUCCCUAAAGUGAUUGUCUGUGGCGUCAUGCCUGCUACAUUUUAUAGAACAGUGACAAUUUGCACUUCAUUCAGUAGCCAAACAUGGCUGAAUUGUGUUAUAAACACCCCUGGGUAACAGUGUGGUUUUCUCAUUGAUGCUUCUGGUUGAAAAUGUGGUUGCUUUAAAGUGGCUAAAGUAGCUUUCCUUCAGUACUGUGAUUUGUCGAGUAUUACUGGCAUUGCGUAGGCUGUACGUUUAUAAUCUGCACUGAUACUGUGGAGGCGUCGUCCCACUGCCCUAUGUGACAAUAUAUAACGUGUGAGUGUUGUUAGUCGAGUGGGUUUAUUUUAUUUGUCAGGCACACUGACAGCCAAAUAGUACUGUAUUAUUACUACUUUCUGAAAUAAAAUAAUGUAUUGUGUAAUUUGCUGGGACUGUGUGACUGCAUUAGGCCUGUGUGAAUGGGGGGGCUUGCUUUAACCUGCUUAAUCAAAUCGCUUUUUAACGUUAAGGUCUUAUUUUGGUUUGUUUGUCGGAAUUUCUAUUCUGAGACCUUUCUGAUGACAAAUAGGUAAAAAAAAAAAAAAAAACAGAAAAAACCCUGACAUGGAAAAAAUCGAAUAAGUAUGAAA